CUGACUCAGAGCCACAGAAGAAAGAAAGUUUUCGGCUGUGCUGGCUGUGUUUUUAUUGUGCUGCGCGUCUCGAUUUGCUGCCGUUUCUUAACAACAAGAAGAAGCACAAGACCAACAACUAGUGGAAGAAGAAGAAGCAAGAGCAAUAUCAAACGGAUUUUUGCAAUUUUCUUGAGUGAGUCGCUUUGCGCAGUGAAGCGUCUUCGGUCGCGUUUUUGUUGUCGCCGCGUUGUUUAAUUGGCCAACAACAACAAUAACUACAGCAGCAACCAGCAAGCAUAGAAAAAUCAAGUGUCUGUGUGAUUGUGAAAGUUCCUCCUGCCCGUUAACAAAAACAAUAAAAUAAGAUGUAUAUGAAACGAGCACUCUUUGUGCUCGCGCUGCUCUGCGCCCAACCCUACGGCCACCUGGCCGAGGAGGAAUCCAACCCACUGCUCGACAUGGCCUCCAUGUUCAUACAGGAAGCGCUGACAAAUCAGAAUGGCGGCGGCGCAACUGGUGGCGGAGGAGGAGGAGGAGCUGGCGCUGGAUUGGCGGGCAUUGCAUCGCUUGUGGGCAGCUUUAUGCAGGCUAACGGCAAAGGCGGUGGUGGAGGCGGCGGUGGCGCCAUGCAAAUCCUCUCCGGUCUGGGCAGCUUACUGGCCAGCAAUGCACGUGGCGGCAAUGGUGGAGGCGGCGGCGGCGGUGGCUUUGAUCCCGCCAUCAUCGGCAAUGUCCUGGAAAUGUUCACACAAAGCGAUGAUGAGGAUGCGGGAACCCAACAGAAACGCAGCAACUCAGCUGGCGGUGGCUCCGAGUCUGGCAUUGGUCUGGACACCAUUCUGCAGGUGGCCUCGGCCUUCAUGAACACCCAAGGAGGAGCUGGUACCGAGAAGAAGGCCGCUCAUCAUGACCAGAAGCGUUCGCUGCCCGAAGAACCCGAACAAGAAAAUGGUUUCAUGAGUCUGCUGCCUUUGAUUAUGCAAGCGGUGAGCUCGUUCGCUGGCCCCGAGGGACAGAGCACACAGGAGCGUCACAAGAGUCAUGCCUGGGUGUUGCCGCCAUUCCUGGAGCAUGCCCAUGUGCUGUGGGAUCACUUCUCCAACUCGGAACUCGCCGAUGCGCUGUACGAGAAGUCAGGCGUCAACAAGAUCAUGAAGGGCUUCAAGGGACGCGAUGGCAAGCUGGACUAUGACAAGCUCUUUGAGUCGCUGAACAAUCAAUCCUUCCGUCGUCGCUGGAUCAAGUCAGCUACGUUGUACUUGGCUGAUUGGGCCAGUUAUUUGGCCAAUCCCGAGAACUAUCUGAGAUAUUUCCAGACGGCACAAAUCAUGUUUAACGGCCUGUUAAAGUCUCAAGGUUAUCCCAAGCAAACUUAUUUCGAUCCGACGCGCCCCAGUGAGACUAUAUCGAAUCUCCUGAACCACGUGGCCAAGCAUCAUUUGAAUGUGAAAAUCGAUUCGCGUCAAUAUGUGAAGCCAGCCGUUGGCUAUGCCAAGGAGCUGCUCAAAUUGGGCCAAGCACGUGGCCUGCUGCAGUUCAAUGCCACCGAGAUUAGCGAUCGAUUAACGGAUACACUCAAUCUGGAGGUUAUUGAACCGGUGCUAAAAGUACAUCGCGCCUAUAGAUACAUCUCCAAGUCGCCGCAAUGUGAUCGCUAUGUGCUCUGCCAGCUAAAUGCAGCCGCUCUUGACCAACAAGAACAACAACAACAGAAGCAGCAGCAGCAAAAGCAAUCGAAACAAGCUUCGACUUCAGCUGGCGCUCUCAUUGCCGGCGUUAGUCCGAAAAUUGUAAAGAUCGGGAGCAUGGGUGCAGCGAUCUUCAUUAGCACAGAAACCGGUACACCAUUCUGGACGCUAUUUGGUGUAAUCAAUGCGCCAUAUAAUUGCGAGGCCAAAUAUCCAGUGGACUGCAAUGGAUUCCAUGAGGGUGAAGCCAAGGUGACCACAGAAUACGUACACAACGAGUUGUAGUUUACGAUAUACGAUGCUAAUAACAACCGACUGUUUAAGACGAGUGCUCAUUAAGACGAAUUAGCUGUAAUCGAGAUCAAGAUUUCAAGUGUACAUAGUAUUACGAAUUGCAAUAAAUCUUAAUUUAAUUGGUAAUUUAAUUCUAGCGGCAAAUUGAUGGGUAAACCUAACCUCAAUCGUAAAACUAACCACACUUUUUGAAAGCAUACAAAUUAUUUAAUACGUAUAAUUUAAGCGUACAACUUCCAUUAAGUGAAACUUAUUUACAACUUUAGGGUUUUCAGCGUUGGUUAGAUUAACGAUUUAAUGCCCUUUCUUUUCAUUUGUUAAUGGUCAAUGAACCCAACAGAAAUGAAUAAUUAACUUUGAAAAAACUAUAUUUCUAAUAAGUGUCAUGGGUAAAACUUUGAUAAAACUGUUUGCGACUAAACAACAUUAGAUUUUCUCAGAACUGAGUAGUUUUAUAAGGUUGCUGACCUCUCGAAGUACUUCUAGUUUGUAUGAAGUCUUUGCUUAAGAUUUGUGCAACUUUUCCAGUUAAUCUACACUUUCAAAUGGUGUACAGCAACUAUGAUAUGAAGUGUGAAAGUCUAGAGUACCUUUGGAACAUGUUAAGAUGGGUGAAGUAAAGUUAAAUUUCAAUAAUAAUAAUCUUAGAGCAUUUAAGGAAAGUAUUUGA